AUCCGCUAUUCAUCAACGAAGAUUACAAUUAUUUUAAUCAAUUCGAACUUUUUUACAAAAAAUCAAUUUUCCAACAAUGAUUUCUCAAGUAUUCUUCUGUUUAUCGUGCUUGGCCGCCGUAUUGGCGAACCCAUACCCACAAUAUGGUGCUGCUUAUGGACAAGCUAACGCAGCAGGAGACGCCAACGUGAAUUCUCAAGCAAACUCUCAACAAAAUGCCAAUGCAAACGAAAAUGCCAAUGCGAAUGCUAAUGUCAACGCUAAUGUCAACUCUAACGUUGCAGCAAACAGCAACGCUCAAGCAUCGGCACAAGACAUUGCAUUAAUCAACUCAAUCUUCGGUGGAACCGGUCUCUUAAGGAGUCCAGUCUUCUUCCGAAGAAGUUUAUCUGGAUCAAUCGCUAACGGCAACGCUGCUGCCAACGGUAAUGCAAACGCUAACCAAAAUGCAAAUGCUAACCAAAAUGCCAACGCUAACGUAAAUGCCAACGUAAAUGGUAAUGCUGUAUCGAAUGUCAACAACCAAGCAGUACUUGCCGCUUUAGGACUCGGAAGUGGUUUGGGAAGUGGAAGUGGUGUAGGAAGUUCAUAUGUACCAUCUUAUCCAGGUACCUCUGCCUAUGGUUCCGCUGAUACUUAUGGCGUAGCUGGUCUUGGUGGUGCUUUUGGUCAAUCACCUGGCCUUGCUGGAUUAUCCGGCCUUGGAGGUGCUUAUAGUCAAUCAUCUGGCCUUGCUGGAGUAUCCGGUCUUGGUGGUGCUUAUGGUCAAUCAUCUGGCCUUGCUGGAGUAUCCGGUCUUGGUGGUGCUUAUGGUCAAUCAUCUAGCCUUGCUGGCGUAUCCGGUCUUGGUGGUUUAGGCAGUGUAUCCGGUGUUGCCAAUAGUCUCGCUGGAGCCGGAGUAUUAGGAAGAGGGGGAUUAUGCUACUAAUUUAUUUGUAAUUUAGAAAAAUUAUUAAUUAAUUUCUUUGUUGUGGAUGCGGAUCAUUUGAACAAGCACAGAAUAAAAUUAUCAACGCACAUGCACUGGGAGACUAAAAAUUUUUAUCCGUGUUUUUUUUAAGCACGGCGAUCAGUUAUAAUGGAGAGUACACUGUAUUAUUCACUCCCAAAAAUAUUUUAGGUCUCCAAACAAAACCAAAAAAACUUUUUUUUUAUAUUGACUGAAAAUGGUUACUGUUAUUUGAUAUCGAAUUGCCAACAUCUCGGCGUAUUUUGUAUUCCAAUGUUAUAGCCAUAUCACAAUAAAGCACUCAGCUGAAAAUCACUAAAAAAAAAA